UUCUAUCAUAAAGCGAUAAAAAUGAUGAACCAGGUUGAGUACAUGAGGGGAUUUGGUGGAGAAGUAGAGCGGGCUGAGUUGAAUUUUGGAAGAAAGAAGAACAUUGCGGUUACACCGUACAAGGGAUAUGUUUAUAUCCACAUAGGCAGUUUAACAAGUAGCAGAAGCAUAACUCUUGGGACUGAUGAGUUUAAAGAGCUAUGCAAUCUGAAGCCAGUUCUUUUAAAAGCUGAGGCAGAAAUAAAAAAACAGCUGCAAAAACCUAGCAGGAAAAAGAAGGUUAUAGUUGUUGAAGAGGAAGAAGAAGAAGAAGAAGAAGAAGAAGAAGAAGAAGAAGAAGAAGAAGAAGAAGAAGAAGAAGAAGAAGAAGAAGAAGAAGAAGAAGAAGAAGUAGAAGAAGAAGAAGUAAAAAAAGUUACUUUGAAAAGAAAGAGAAAGGUGAUUGCUAUCAGCGAUAGCGAUGAGGAGGCGGGAGUGUCAGAGUCGGACGUCAGAAAGGUGAUUGUUGCAGCAGAAUCUGGCCCGUUCAAGGGGCUAAAGAAGAAAAAGAAAACAGCUGGAGCUGGAUUCAUACUUUCUGAAGCAGUUGAAGAUGGCGAGUGAAGAUAACACCACCAAUCAGAACAGAAAAAGGACAAUGGGAGAAGAAGUAGAAAAAAAGACACUGAGUGAAAAACGAAAGCGGUCAGCUCCACCUUCAUUAAGAACUUUAUCUGUUGCAUGUAUUUAUAAUAAAUUAACAACAAAAUGUGAUAUUCAAAUGAGAGAUUUUUUUUGUAAAAUUCCCUCACCAAUUUUAAUUAUUUUUAUGGAUUAUGCAGACUUUCAAUUUGUUUUAAAUCCUGGAUUUGCCGAAUUAGAUGUGUUUAAUGCUGCCGAGGAAAUUUUUGAUCAAAGAUAUCAAUUAAAUAAAAUGAUAAGGGAAUGCAGCCAUUUCACAUCUGAAGAGAUAUUCAUUCAUUUAAAGAACGUCCCAGGGUCUGUUUUAAAUUCACUCGGACUUUCGUUCAAUAGGGAGAACUUUUCCGAUAUUUUAAGGAAAAUAUUAAACAUGCGAUUUUCACGUGUUUAAUUUACCAAAGAAUAUGUCUCAUAUAUUUUAAUCUAAAAUUUAAGAAAUUUAUUUGUAAUAUUUUCAUCGUGUUUGAAGGUCUUUUUCCCCAUUGCACAAUGUAUUUCACUGGUGCGUUUGAAGGUGUAAUUCCCCAUUUUCAUAAUUGUGUUUAAUUUACCAAAGAAUAUGUCUCUUAUAUUUUAAUCUAAAAUUUAUUUGUAAUAUUUUCAUCGUGUUUGAAGGUGUUAUUCCCCAUUGUCCAAUGUAUUUCACUGGUGUGUUUGAAGGUGUUAUUCCCCAUUUGAAGGUGUUAUUCCCCAUUGACAUAAUGUUUGAAGGUGUUAUUCCCCAUUGUUCUAAUGUUUGAAGGUGCUAUUCCCCAUUGUUCUAAUGUUCGAAGGUGUUAUUUCACAUUGUCCUAUGUUUGAAGGUGUUAUUCCCCAUUGUCCUAUUGCCUUAAUGUUUGAAGGUGUUAUUCCCCAUUGUCCUAUUGUCAUUAUGUUUGAAGUUUGUUUGAAGGUCCAUUUGGGUUUUAAAGUUAUGUAUUUUCAUUGGGGUUUUUAAGUUAAAGUCGCCAUUUUACCAUGCUACUCCCCAUUGCCCUAUGUAUUUCACUUCCCCAGGUUGAUAGCAAACGGAUAAAACUUAAAUAUGUUGAUAUAUUUUAUUAUAAAAUCAUAUAUUUAUUUACAUGAAAUAAAAUAUUAUAUAAUUAU